AUGGAUGGCCCUUCAGAAACAGAGCCUCUCCUGCGACCGGCGCAGGACCAGCGAAAGGUGACCAACGACAUUCCAGCGGAAGUGUAUUCAUCUGUGCAAGACGAGCCCAACCGUAACGUGUUUGACGAUGUGCCUGAUGCAAAGAGGCAGAUCGGACUCGCUAGCGCAGUGAUGCUCAUAUUCAACAGAGUGAUUGGGGCAGGCGUUUUUGCAGCGCCUAGCGUUAUCUUGCGGUCAUCGGGGAGUGUAGGAAUGACCUUCGUUAUGUGGAUACUUGGUGCACUCGUCGCAUCCGCUGGUACCGCUGUUUAUGUGGAAUUUGGAACGGGACUGCCGAGAAGUGGUGGGGAGAAGACUUACAUGGAAUACAUCUAUCGCCGACCGAGGUUCAUGAUCACUUGCUUCUACGCGACAUACGGACUACUUAUAAGUCGAAUAUCAGCAGGUAGCCUUGUUGUCGGAGAAUACACUUUGAAUGCCCUCGCAAUCCAGCCUACUAUCGUUAACGUUCGAGUAGUCGCAUUUCUGUGCUCGACAUUCUGCCUCAUCGCCCAUGGUGCAUUCUUGAACUCGGGGCUGAAAAUACAGAAUGCACUAUGUUUAUUCAAGUUCUUCGUGUUACUGACCAUCGCUCUUUCUGGGCUCUUCAGCCUCGCUGGUGUCCCGGGAUUCGUCGUACGCGAUGGAUAUGAUAUUCCACACAAUUUCACGUGGUCGUCUUUUUGGGAAGGAAGUGACAUAGGCCUGAAUGCAUUCGUCAUGGGAAUGUACAAUGUCAUCUGGUCUUACGCUGGAUAUUCUAAUGCCAAUUAUGUUUUAUCUGAAGUGCGAGAUCCCAUCCGUACCAUCAAGCGCGCUGCACCCCUUGCCAUGCUCCUUGUCGCGGUCUCAUAUUUGUUUGUGAACGUCGCGUAUUUUGCUGUUGUAUCCAAGCAAGACAUGUUGGAAGGUGGCACCAUGGCGGCAGCUCUAUUUUUCAGGAACCUCUUCGGUCCUGCUACAGAACGGAUCCUGAGUGCUGCUAUUGCACUGUCAGUUCUAGGAAACCUUAUGAGCAUGCUGUUCGCGCAAGGCAGAAUCGUCCAAGAGUUGGGUAGAGAGGGUGUUCUACCACUUUCAUCUUUCUUCGCCAGCAACAAGCCUUUCAAUGCGCCCCUUGCUGGGCUCUUCACUCAUUGGCUCGUUACUAUGAUCACCAUGGUUGCCGCUCCUCCUGGUGAAGCCUAUCUCUUUAUCGUAAACUUCGCAUCAUACCCCUUGACGAUGUUUAACAUACUGAUAUCGGGUGGCCUCCUCCUUCUGUACACCCCUGCAUUCAAAUCCUACCAUUGGCGCCCUCCGUUCCGAGCGUGGAAGUCCAUCGUCGUGUUCUUUUUCUUAUCCAACGUUUUUCUUGCUAUUGUGCCCAUGAUCCCACCGUCUCCAGGAUCCGACGUCUAUGAACAUCUCCCAUAUUGGUCGCACAUCGCCAUGGCAUUGUCAAUCGGUUUACUUGGCAUUAUAUAUUGGUUUGUUUUCUUUAACUGGAUACCCAGGAAGCGUGGAUAUCGUAUUGUGCAGGAGACUGUCUUACAGGAUGAUGGGGUCUCGCGGAACGUCCUUCGGCGAAUACCCAAUGGAUCUGGUGAUGAAGGGUCUGCGUAAAUGUAGAUGCGCCGCAAGUACAUCAGCUUCGAGACGCGAUCGCACAUGGUUAUAUAUGUACGAGCAUAGUUGUUUGGGUGCGCACUAGACGAACCGAGGAGUGUCCAAUCACUAUUCUACCGCUUUGCCCGGCAUCUUGUGCAGCGUUUGUGCAACUGGCCCCUUUUGUGUAUUUCUAUCGCUCGAGCUCUU